AUGUCCCGCUUACAACAAUUCGCAUUUUGUUUAUUUUUAACACUGAUAAUCGCCGGGCCGACAUUAUCUCAGUCCAUAGUCGACUAUCGUCUAAGCAAAGAUGUCGUACCCGAUUUCUAUGAUAUCAAACUGAAACCUUAUCUACAAUCUGAAGAUGGUGUCAAACAAUUUACGUUUGAUGGUGAAGUUAAUAUCACACUGCAUGCAACAGCGGCGAAUGUUCGUAAUAUUACCCUACAUGCGGCAAUGAUAGAAAUUGUGGAGACAAUUCUCUAUGAUGCCGAUGAUAAGGCGGUUGACCACUACUGGGGUGAAGAUAAAUUGCUGUAUCAAGUCAAGUUUUUUUCAUCCUUAAUAUUCAUUUUUCAUUCUUCUGAUUUUAGUUGGUAUGCCAUGACUCAAUUCCACAUCAGUGAUGCCCGCACCGCCUUCCCGUGUUUCGAUGAACCACAAAUUAAGGCACAAUUCCGUAUCCAAAUUACACGUCCCAAAGACUAUUUGUCAUACUGUAAUACCCAGCUGGAAAACGUUGUGAGUGAAAGUGAUGGCCGUUAUACCGACAUCUUUGUACCAUCACCAAAAAUGUCCACCUAUUUGGUAGCAUUCCUGGUGGCCAAUGAUUUUGUUGUUGAUGGCAGUGCGGAUUUGAAAGUGAUAAUAAAUCAAAAAUUCCAAAAUAAAACUGGAUUUACUUUGAAAGUGGCCGCCCGUGCUCUGCAGGGUUAUGAUCAGUAUACUCAGAUGCCUUAUAAAACGUUGGGCAAUGGCAUAAUGCAAAUGGCCGGAUCGAAUUAUUUUCCACAUGGUGGCAUGGAAAAUUGGGGUUUGAUUUUUUAUCGAGAUCUAGCAUUGACCCAAGAACCCUAUUACACAGACGGGUGGGCCGACAAGGAAUCUACCAUAUCGCUGGUGGUCCACGAGAUAGGUCACAUGUGGUUUGGCAAUACUGUCACUCACAAAUGGUGGAGUUAUUUUUGGUUAAAUGAAGCUUUCCCCACCUAUUAUUCUCAUUAUUUGACGCAACAGAUUUAUCCCGAAUAUGACAUGGACCAACAAUUUGUGCUGAAACAAACCCAUUUGAUUUUUGAUUUGGAUGCUACCGCUAACAGCCAACCAUUAUCUCAUCCCGAGGAAAAUAUCAAUACACCCUCUGAAGUUGCGUAUAAAUUCAGCAGCAUUGGCUAUAAUAAGGGUGCUGCCAUUCUCCGCAUGAUUUGCAAUUUAAUGGGAAGAGAGAAUUAUGAUAAUGCCAUUAGAGAUUAUUUGCAGGAGAAUCACCACAACAGUGCCGAACCGGAUGAUUUAUUCAAACAAUGGAAACGUCAUUGGCCCAAAAAUCAGGAAGUCGAUUUAGAUCAAUUAUUCAGUGAUUGGACGGAGCAACCCGGUUACCCUAUUAUCGAAAUAUCCACCACAGAAUCGGGUCACUAUUUAAUCAAACAAAAACGUUUUCUAAAUAAUCCAGAGGAUGGUAGUGAUAAAUCUCUACUCUAUACCAUACCCAUCACUUAUGCCACCAAUCGGGAAAAUAAUUUCGAAAAUCUUCAACCGAAAUUCUAUUUCAACAGAACUAAAACUGAAAUGGAAUUUGGAAAUUCCGAUAAAGAUGAAUGGAUCGUAUUGAAUUUACAGCAAUCGAAUUUCCAUAGAGUCUACUAUAAAGCCGAACUUUUGGAGAAAAUAAGAAAGGCGUUAAUGGCGCCCAAACACAGUGGGGUGCAUGUUAUAAAUCGAGCCUAUCUGCUGGAUGAUCUAUUCACCUAUGCACGUUUGGAAAUUAUGAAUUAUGGUGAGGUGUUUAAAUUCAUUGAAUAUUUGAGUGGUGAAACCGAAUAUUUGCCAUGGCAGCCUGCCUUUAAGGCUUUCGAUUUAAUAAGUCCGCGUUUAACUUUGGAGCAGCACAAACAAUUUGGUGAAUUUUUAUUUGACAUUAUGUCGGGGGUCUAUAAGAAAUUGGGUUUUGAAAAUCCUGGAGAUCGGGUUUUAGAUGUUUACAAUCGCAAUAAGGUUAUCUCCUGGCUAUGUAGAUAUCACCACGAAGAUUGUAAUGAAAUGGCUCAAAAAGUUUUCAAAUCCACGCAACCAAAAUUAAUUCCUGCCGAUUUCCAGGAAACUCUCUAUUGUGCCGCAAAUCGUAAGGGUUCAAUUGAUAUUUAUAAUACCCUCAAAACGGAAUUUAUUAAAAUGGAGCUACAAAGUCAAAAACAGAAAUUGCUGCAUGCCAUGGGUUGUACACUCCAUGUUGUGGACAACCAUUAUAACUUCAUAUUAAGCAAUGAGGUGCCUCAAUCAAUGAAGAGAUCGGCCAUUAGCAGUUUGUAUAAACAAACACCGGAAAAUGUUGAUCCCGUCUUCCAACUCAUCAAUAACACACUGGAGGUCUUAACAAAUGCUUUGGGUAGCUGGUAUAACACCGCCACUGUUGUCAGUGACGUGGCCAAUUAUUUCACCACCGAGGAUCAAUUAAAGGAAUUGACUGAAUUUAUUGGGACAAAAGGUCAUCUGUUUGGUGAAGACAUCAAUGUUUUGGAAAACUCUGUUGAAACUGUUGAGAAAAAUCUCGCUUGGUCUUCGAAAUAUUUGGCUAGCCUUUUCCAAUACUUGGAGCAAAGAAAUGGUGCUGCUGCCGCUAUUACAAAUUCUUUGCCAAUUUUAACGAUUAUGAUUGUUGUUAUAUCUUAUUUGAGAUAUUAA